CGUAAACAUGUUGACCAACAACGACCUAAUGGAGCAGUUCUACUUUCCCGACGAGUCACCAGCGGUUCCCGAGUUCCUGGGCAACGAUACUUUCCAGCAGUUGGAGCAGCUCAUGUACCAGCAGGAGUUCAGCGCCAGCGAUAGUCAGUCUGAUGGGACCAACAGUUGCUCCUUGGAGAUGUACUACGAUACUCCGGCUGUCCUGGAACUCGAACAAAUGCUCAAUUCCCAGGAGCAACCGCAUCAGAAUCAAUCGAGUCAUUUAGCCAAAUGUCAAGGAAGGAGCUCAAAAUACUGGAAUAAACAGCAGAGGAGUAAGCCCUACGACCGGCUGUCCACCUCCAUGUCAUCAUCCGCAUCCUGCGCCUCAUCGACCAGUUCAUCUUCCGGGGAAUUUGGUGGCGAAGUCCUUAAAAAGCGGCGACUGGCUGCUAAUGCCCGCGAACGAAGGCGGAUGAACAGCUUAAACGAUGCCUUCGACAAGUUAAGGGAUGUGGUUCCAUCUCUUGGUCACGACCGACGACUCUCCAAAUACGAAACUCUGCAAAUGGCACAGGCUUACAUCGGUGACUUGGUCACAUUGCUCUCCAGAGACUACUAACCAGUUGGACGAUCCUUCAGCUUCCUUCAAAUGGAAGUCCCUUUUCAGGGCUGUGUUGCAGCAACACUUUGACCUA